AUGGAAGGCGCCCUCGCUCCCGCUCGCCUCGUACGGACAACAGUCGCCGCAGGCACCCGACACCUUCGCCAGUCCCUCCGAACCCGACCACCUUUUGCUGGUACCAUUGGUCGUUCGGGGUACACGCUCGCGGCGUCCGCGUCUGCUCAAUCUCCCUGCCGCCUCUUUUACGUGUUGGACUUGAUUUCCCGGAAACGCUUUCUUGUCGACACCGGGGCUCAGGUCAGCAUACUACCGGCAACUUCUUCGGAAAAGCGCAGACCACCUACGUAUCACCUCGUUGCCGUAAACAACACCGGCAUUCCCGUAUUCGGAGAGCGAUCCCUCACGCUUGACAUCGGCCUCCGCCGUACUUUCCCGUGGAUUUUCAAAGUGGCGGCCACCGAUCAAGCCAUUAUCGGAGUCGACUUUCUUGAACAUUUCGGCCUGCUUGUCGACCUCCGGCACCACGUUCUUCUUGACCACGGCACCAAGCUCCGCGUUGCGGGCAUCGCCUCGUCUCCCACACCGCAGCUCGCCACAACCACUCUUGCGGCGCUACAAUCUCCUUACGCCGCCCUGCUUGGCGAAUUUCGUUCACUGUGCUUACCACCAGACUGGACUAAGCCCGUCAAUCACUCCGUCCUCCACUACAUUUUCCCCUCAGGUCCGCCGGUGCAUUUCAAGCCCCGACGACUCUCUCCUGAUCAACAGAAGGUAGCCCGCAGUGAAUUUGAGCACAUGCUCGCCAUUGGAAUCGUCCGCACCUCCUCUAGUGACUGGGAAACGCCUCUUCACAUGGUCCCCUAA